AUGAACAACAAUUCCAUCAUUCAAAGUGAUGAUGUGGUGAUGGAAAAACAACUCGAUAAUAACAACAAAAAUCUUCGGAAUGAACAACAACAACAAGUAAUAAUUUCUCCUUCCGAUAAAGAUGAUUGUGUUGUUGCUUCUUCUUCUUCUGUAUCAUCUGAUAAUAAUACAACAACAAUAGUUAUUGGAAAAUUGGAGGGAACACCUUGUGUGAAUAAUAGUAAUAAUAAUAGUGGAAAUAUUGUGGUUGAUCCGAAUAGAUUGUCACCUCAUACAUCAUCACAUCUCUCGAUAGAAUCGAGUCUUGAACAAAAUAUGGAUGAUUAUAUUGCGGAUGAUGAUGGAAAUGCAUCGAAUAAUAACAAAACGAAAAAACAUCAUCCAGUCGAAUUUUUGACAAAACGAAUGAAGAGUUUUUCAAAUUCUGAUGUUUUGAGCUUUUUCAAAAAACCAUCACCGAGAAGUGCUUCACCAAAUAAUGUGCAUGAAACUAAUAGUUCGGAACUCUUAUCUUCUCCCAGUGAAACAGAAAAGAUUUCAACAACUCAACUAUCAAAACAGGAAAAUACAAUGUCAAUUUCCUCUUCUUCUGUAUCCUAUCCUACUACCACCAAAUUGAUUCCACCAAAAGUGAAAAGAGAAAAAUCAACAGGAAAUAUCUACACUUCUUCAUCUGAUGAUGAAAUAACAUCAACAAUUCAACACCAGCUUCAGGAAAAGAAGAGAAAGAGUAGACAAAUUCCACCACUACCUCUCAACGAGACUAAGAUAAAGAGAAUUGCAUUGAAAACCAUUUACAACAUGAUGGUUCUUCAACCGAGUAUUACAGAUAGGGUUCUUCCUCUAAUUUUGAUAGAUGUCAGAUCUUCUGAGAAGGACUACAUUUCAAAAGUUAGCCCAACCAUUGGUCCCCAACACAAUAGUCACAAUAGUUUUUCUGUAUCAGAAAUGAGUAGCAUCCUUUCUUCCCAAAUUGAAAGUGAACUUAUAUUCGAUCAAAUGAGGCCUCGAUCAAGAAGUUCAGCUACUCCACCCACUCAACCAAUAAUUUCACCAGGUACUCCCCUCGGUACAAAGGUGCCACUCCUCAAUAUUAGCUCUAUCUCUCCAGACCAAAAAUUUAAAGGUAUUAUGGGUAGCCCUAAAUCAGGUUACAACACUCCAGUGGCCAGUCCACUAAUGAGUCCAAGAACUUCUUCACUCGGAAUUUCUCAACAUGUCCAAUGGUCAAUUCAUUUCUAUUUACCAGAUCAUAUCAUUGAUCAUAUACCAAUUGAUGAUUUGAACAAGGAAAAUGUAGCUAGUAUAAUUCACAUGAUUGAAACAUCUAACACAUGCAUUGAGAAGGAUUUGUACAAAGCCAGAUUUGCUUGGAGGAAAAUGUCAAAUGUUGUUGUAAUGGCUGGUAGCUCGAGAGAUGAACACAGAGCCAAAUGGCUCCUUAGAGUUUUACAAUUGGAGGGGAAGUCCUAUAAUCUAUACUCACUCCCACAUGGUCUUAAUUUCACUCAUUUCGAAGCUAAAUAUCCCUUCUCCAUUACUUCUUUCGAUUUUGUUGAAUUUCAAUUACCAACCCAUAUUUUCAAGAAUAUUUAUUUGGCAAGUUAUAGAGUUUUAACACAGGAACGAGGAAUAGAAGUGCUCAUAGCAAAGAGGUUGAACAUUAAGAGGGUUUUGAAUUGUGCAAAGGAAUGUAAAUGUGUAAUACCCAACAAAUUUCUCUCAGAGGACUCUCCAACAAAGCCAGUCCAAAAUAGCUCUCAAACUCUCUCAAGAUCAGAGAGCUUUUCCAAGACUGGAAUUUCCACCUCUCAAACCCCAAAGAUUUCCUAUCUCCAUCUUCUUCUUGAUGAUUUUGAUCCAAAGCACUGUUACUUUACCGCAGAACAAAUGAAGGAAAGUGUCCUCUUCAUUAAUCAAUCAUUGAAAAACAAUGAAAACAUCUUGAUUCACUGCCAAGAAGGUAGAUCUAGAUCAGUAACUAUCAUUUGCCUCUACAUGAUGAUUAAUAUUGGAUGGAAAUUGUCAUACUCAUUGGAAUUUAUGAGAUCUCAAAAGCCCACCAUUUCUGUCCAUCCAACCUUCCUUCUUGAACUUCAAGCCAUUGAGGAUUACAUUAGUGACAAGAUUGAAAAAAUCAAAGGAAACAGCACUAUUUCCAGUGAUUCUCUCGACAACAUGGAAGGAAUGAUAAAAGUUGAUAGUAUUCUCACCAUAACAGACGAUCCUGAACCUCCUGAAAGAUACCUCCUCAAAUUCACACCACUGUACGAAUAUUCCUCCACCGAUGAUCUUUCCUCGGUCAGCACCAAUGCAUCCCCAAGAGUUUCACCUCGUCUCAUCAGCAAUAGAAAAUUAAAGAAAAGCUCGGUAGACAAAUUGAAUGUCUCUUUAAUUUUCAAUAGGGCCAAAAGUGCCACACUAUCCUUACCUGAUUCUCCACUCCUUCUAGACCCCUCUACCUUAUAUCUUGAUGAUUCAGUAUUGAGCACAUUCUUGGAUGAAAUUGGACACAAUGUCAUUCGCCCAUUCAUUGAAAAUUUAUAUUCAUCCAAUGACCAAUUACAGCAAUUACGAUAA